GUGAGGACAGAGAUCAAAGGGUGAAGCGUGAUAAGCAGGAAGGGAGGUGGAGAAGACUACAGAAGGGAGAGCUGGAGGGAGCCUGAGGCAAGAGAGAAAGCCGGCUGGCCAUGUGUCCUUGUGGGCCAGUGAACUCCAGCAGGUGGAAGGCAGAUGGUCCCCCAUUUACCCAAACAGACGAGAGCAGCUUUCACCCUUGUCCACAGUGUGAACCCCAAGUGUACUGAGGCAUGUCUUCAGCCCCAGUGGGAUACUUCUUCCUCUGAGAAACCCUUCUUCUUUGGGAAGUCCAGGACCCCCACACAGCCUAGCUCUAUCUUGUGGUCACUCUGGCCUGGGACCAACGCUGGCCCUGCCCCUCUGCCCACGAGUCCCUCUCCCUGCUAACCUCCUCUCUGCCUUUCAUCCCAGGCCAAGUCCUUGAAGGGCAAGCUGGGAACACAGGAUGGGGCAGCCACUGUGUGUCGGGCCAAGAUGCCUGUGGUGGGGGCCACCCACAGAUCUGGGCUUCAAGGGCAGGAUCUCGGGUAGUUUCGUCCCCCUACCACCCUGCCAAUGGGCAGCUUGCCAGAGGUUCUGGGAGAUGCGGAGCAGCCUCUUUGCUGGGCAGCUCUUCUCUGAGCACUUUGUGACUCUGCUGUCUGCCUUCAGAUGAACCAUUUAUAGACAAGAAGGAAGGAAGAGAUGUUGCUGUUUCCUGCCCAUCAGGGAACUCACUCUUUAUCUGGUCACCUCACCCAGCAGCAGGAGACCAGGCCAACAUGACCCUGCAGUGCACCAAGUCAGCCGGACACUGGCGGAUGGUGGUGUGGGAUGAAGAGGGCUUCCAGGGCCGACGGCAUGAGUUCACAGCUGAGUGUCCCAGUGUGCUGGAGCUUGGCUUUGAGACUGUGCGAUCUUUGAAAGUCCUGAGUGGAGCGUGGGUGGGCUUUGAGCAUGCUGGCUUUCAAGGGCAACAGUACGUGCUGGAGAGGGGCGAGUACCCUGCCUGGGAUGCCUGGAGUGGCAACACAGCCUACCCUGCUGAGAGGCUUACCUCCUUCCGGCCUGUGGCCUGUGCCAACCACCGUGACUCUAGGCUGACCAUCUUUGAGCAGGAGAACUUCCUCGGCAGGAAAGGCGAACUGAGCGAUGACUACCCCUCUCUGCAGGCCAUGGGCUGGGACGGCACUGAAGUGGGCUCCUUCCGUGUUCAAUCUGGGGCGUGGGUUUGUUCCCAGUUUCCUGGCUACCGAGGUUUUCAGUACGUACUGGAGAGUGAUCACCACUCGGGUGACUACAAGCACUUUAGGGAGUGGGGCUCCCACGCCCACACCUUCCAGGUGCAGAGUGUGCGCAGGAUCCAGCAGUGAGCACCACGCACAGGCGCACUGGGGGGCCUUUGUGAAUGACGGAGUGGCCGGCUGGAGAUGUGGCUGCUCUUGGCUACCCCAUGCCUCUUGCGAACCUUGCAUCCCUGUCAGCCAGUCCCCAU